UACCCUCCAAUUCAAUAGUCGUUAUUUUCUUAUCCAAACUCGCAAGUCGCAACAUAAUCUGAAGAAGAAUAACUCCUUCACUCUCUCGUCCAUGGAGACUCUUGUAAAAACAACGUUCCCCAUUUUCUCCACAAACCCAAAUCACCUCACAACCAAACGUAUUAAACCUUUGAAGGUCUCAAUAAAACCUCCACCGCCAGAGUUUGACUUCAGGACUGAAAUUCUGUCAGACUCUCGAGCCACAAUCGCCAAAACUUGUCCAGAGUUACUUAACUUGGCAGAUAAUGGGACCUUAAUAUUGAUAGAAAAGAGGAAGUUCGGUCCAGUGCCAGCCUGGAGGACUGAGUUUAUUGAACCUGACACCAUAUGGUUGAUCGGGACCACUCAUCUUUCUCCUCGUUCAGCCUCUGACGUGGAGCGUGUCCUGCGGGCAGUUGAGCCGGAUAAUGUGGUUGUCGAGCUCUGCAGAAGCAGAGCUGGGAUUAUGUACACUUCAGACGGGGGUGAGAAUGACCCACAAUUGCAGUCAAAUAUGUUUUCUUUGAGCGGAACUGGGUUUUUUGGUGCUGUUGGUCGCAGCAUUAAUUUGGGGGGUCAAACAGCUCUAGCUUUGCGUCUGCUUCUGGCCCUUUUCUCAUCCAAAAUUUCUUCCGAUGUCAACCGCCCUUUUGGAGAUGAGUUUCGUGCUGCUCGAAAAGUCUCUGAGGAAAUUGGUACUCAAAUUGUUUUGGGAGAUCGACCAAUUGAAAUAACCCUUGAAAGGGCUUGGAAUUCUCUGAAAUGGACUGAGAAGCUUAGUUUAGUGAUAGCAGUUAUUCGUGGGCUAUCAUCAUCAUCUGAUAUGUCCUUGAACAAUCUCAAGGAACCAAGUCCAGAUGACAGCACUUUUCAGCUUUACGAACAGCUAAGUUUCUCGUAUCCAUCACUCCUGCAGCCUCUUAUCCAUGAACGAGACACGUAUCUUGCAUGGUCACUAAAACGGAGCAAAGCAGUGAACAACUCAAAGAAAGUGGUGGGAGUGAUCGGAAAGGGCCACAUGAACGGCGUAAUAUAUGCAUUGAUAUCGGAUCAGGGGAACUUGCGAUUUAGGGAUCUUGCUGGGAAGAAGGCAUCUAGUGAUGGCUCUAAUGGCUUGGUCGCUGGCCUCCUCAAGAGCUUGCUUAGAGACACUGUGAUUGGCGUUGUGUUGUGGGCAUUAUAUGAACAGAUAAAAGAUUCACUAUAGUAUACUUUUAAAAACUUUAUUAUAUCACUUCGUCAAAUUUCAAGUGAAUUAAGUCAACUACCAGAUUUCAAUUCUUUUGUAUAUCCUAGAACUUUCUGGGAACUGCUACAUUA